UGAACACGCUCCCUGAAAAAGGAUGACAUCGAAAUGUCAGUCUUCGGACAUCCUGCUGCGAAACCUCUCUGCUGGAACCAUGAUGCUGGAGUCUAACGUCUCCAGAUCUUUACAGGACAGCACCGGCAAAAGUGGCGGCUGUGGAUCCGUGUCCGUGUUUUUUCCCAUCACUAUGAUGGUCACCGGAAUGGUCGGGAACUCCCUUGCUAUGCUGCUCGUUUAUAAUGCGUACAGAAGAAAGGAAAAUAAAAGAAAGCAAUCCUUUCUACUUUGCAUUGGGUCGUUGGCGUUAGGUGACCUUUUCGGCCAACUGCUCACAAGCCCUAUAGUCAUUUCGGUCUACAGAGCAGGUCUGAAAUGGGACCGUGUGGACUCUUCGGGAACCCUUUGCGCCUUCUUUGGGGUGUGCCUGACCACUUUUGGGUUGUGUUCUCUCUUUCUAGCCAGUGCCAUGGCCAUUGAGAGGGCCUUAGCCAUCACUGCUCCUCACUGGUACUCAAAUAACAUGAAAACAACCGUGACCAAGCAGGUUCUGGUCAUUAUCUGGUGUCUGGUUUUGCUCUUUGCCUUAUUGCCUGUUGCUGGGGUUGGGAAAUACACUUUGCAGUGGCCAGGCACAUGGUGCUUCAUAAGUACUGGGGACAAGGACGUAACGGGAAAUACGUUUUUUGCCACGACUUUUGCUCUGUUGGGGAUAUUUUCUUUGCUUGUCACAUUGUCCUGUAAUGUUGUGACCAUCCGUGCAUUGGUUAUACGUUGCAAAACGAAAUCAAGCUCGACCCAGCCAUCCAAGCAAUGGGAGAGAUUAACGACUGAGACUGUUAUUCAGUUGAUGGGCAUUAUGUGUGUUUUGUUGACAUGUUGGUCACCUCUACUGUUCUUUAUGUUGAAAAUGAUCUCGACUCACACAUCCUCACAUUACUGCAAGUCUGCUGGUUUAACUCUCCCAUCCAGCCAGGACAUACCAAUGGACUGCAACUUCUUUCUCACAGCCAUUCGUCUGGCUUCACUUAAUCAGAUUCUAGAUCCAUGGGUUUACCUGCUUCUGAGGGAGAUUCUCCUAAGGAAGUUCUGCCAAGUGGCCAGUGCAGUAUCCAAAUGCUCAUUGGAGAGGCCGAAGGAAGCUCAUUGCCCUAUGGGUGCCCUAAAUAAAAAGGCCAUUCAGAAUGACAAUGUUCAGAAACAGUGCCUGAAUGUGGAGAACAGCAACUUAAAUGGAGAAAAUGAGGAACAGUGAUACUAAUUUACACUACCUAAAAAAUGGGUUCAGUUGUUCAGUUGGCAUAAUCAUCCAAAGUCAGAAAAAUGAUGAUCUGGAAAUCUGUGAAUUGUUAUAUUUAUGAAUGUAUGGUGAAGUCAGCAUGAUAUAGAAAAUACCUAUGUAGUUAAUCACAUGCCAACAACAAGAAAAAAGAAGGGGCGUUGAUUUUAAUUUGUGGUCUGUUAAAUGUCAGAGUGGUUUAUUUUGCGCUUGCAGUAAAGCGCUGAAUGGUCUCAAAUUCCCUUCUCCAAACUACUGCUGUGUACAUUCAGCUGAAGAGCUCAUGGCUCGCUUUAGAGACUAAACUCUAAACAUGUAUUUCUUUUUUUAAUGCACUUCUCAAUGUCAAGUCUGCAAAGCA